UAAUUUCCUACUGCAGUGUUACAAUGUCGUGAAGGUUUAUCCUUGUGGCGUAAUAGUCCCUCUGAGAUCAAUGAUGAGCUGUUUAAAGGUUACAUAAAGGGGAAUACGGAGAAAAAGACAGGCGAGAUAGCAGCAGCAUAUGAUUGGUUAAAUACAAAUGAAAAUAGGUUCAAUGUGAGUGUUUGGUAUAAUGGAACCUAUAAGUAUGAAGGUCAAAGUGAACAAUUGGUACGGGUGCCUCCUUUGGUGAACCUGGCAUCAAAUGCCUUCCUUCAAAAUUUGCUUGGACCUUCCUUCAAUAUUCUGUUUGAUUAUACCAAAGAAAUGCCCAAGCACGGAAGUAUGAGGAUGUCGGAGAUUUCUUCUCAGAUGGGACCAAUUUUAUUUUCAUGGGUGAUUUUACAGCUUUUCCCAGUUGCUUUUGUAGCUCUGGUUUAUGAAAAGCAGCAGAAUCUACGAAUCAUGAUGAAAAUGCACGGACUUAAGGACGGCCCCUAUUGGACUAUUACUUAUGCUUAUUUUCUUCUCAUAUCAUCUCUCUACAUGUUUGGCUUUGUGGCGUUUGGCUCGCUCUUAGAAUUAAGUAUCUUUCUUCGUAAUGCUUUCAGCAUCCAGUUUGUGUUCUACUUCAUCUACAUAAACUUGCAAAUCGCAUGUGCAUUUCUGCUGGCUGGAUUUUUCAAAGAUGUUACGACAGCCACAGUCAUGGGGUACUUGGUGGUGUUUGCAAGUGGUCUCUUAGGAUCAUUCUUUUUCUCAAACUUUCUAUCUGGUGCUUCAAUAUCAGAAGUGUGGAUUAUAUUGAUGGAGCUAUAUCCUGGAUUUGCUCUUUAUCGUGGAUUAUUUGAGUUUGGGGAAUAUAGCAAGAGUGGUCUUUAUACGGGUGAAAGUGGUGGCAUGAAAUGGGCAAAUUUGAGCGAUCCUGGUAAUGGGAUGAAACAGGUUAUGAUUAUAAUGUUAGUGGAGUGGAUAGUAGUUCUCCUUGUUGCUUUUUACUUGGACCAGAUCAAUUCAUCAGGGAAAAGUCCCCUAUUUUUCUUGGAGAACUCGCGGAAGAAGCAGACGCUAUCCACUAUGAACUUAUUAGAAAAGAAGGAUUCUGGAGUUUGUCUUGAAAUGGAGAAAGAAGAUGUUGCACAAGAGAGGGAAAAGGUUGAACAUAUGGUAGCUGGAUCGACAUCAGGUUAUCCCAUCGUUGUUGACAACCUGAAAAAGGUUUAUCCAGGGAUAGAUGGAAACCCCGAUAAAUAUGCAGUUAGAGGACUGUCACUUGCUGUGCCUGAAGGAGAAUGCCUUGGUAUGCUUGGCCCCAAUGGUGCUGGCAAAACAUCAUUUAUUAGUAUGAUGAUUGGGCUGACAAAGCCAAGCUCCGGUGCUGCAUUUGUUGACGGACUGAAUAUAAAUACAGAGAUGGACAAAGUAUACACCGUCAUGGGUGUAUGCCCUCAGCAUGACUUGCUUUGGGAUACAUUAACAGGAAGGGAGCACCUACUUUUCUAUGGAAGGCUUAAAAAUCUUAAAGGACAAGUUUUACAUCGAGCAGUUGAAGACUCUCUUAAGAGUCUCAACUUGUUUAACGGAGGCGUUGCUGACAAGCAAUCUGGGAGAUAUAGUGGUGGAAUGAAGAGAAGGCUAAGUGUUGCUAUUUCACUCAUUGGAAAUCCCAAGGUUGUCUACCUGGAUGAACCGAGUACUGGACUUGAUCCAGCUUCAAGAGAUACCUUGUGGACUGUUGUGAAGAAUGCACGGAAAGGCAGAUCGAUAAUUCUCAAUACCCAUUCAAUGGAAGAAGCGGAUUAUUUAUGUGAUCGCUUAGGAAUCUUCGUUGAUGGAAGCUUGCAAUGCAUAGCAAAUUCAUCAGAGUUGAAGGCAAGAUAUGGAGGGUCUUACGUGCUCGCGAUAACUACAUCAGCUGAUAAUGAGGUGGAAGUGGAGAACAUGGUGCGACAGAUAUGCCCAAAUGCCAACAAAGUGUAUCAUUUAUCGGGUACACAGAAGUUCGAGUUGCCAAAGCAUGAAUCGAAAAUUGCAGAUGUAUUUCAACUAGUUGAGAAUGCAAAGAGUAGAUUUCCAAUUUAUGCUUGGGGUAUGGCUGAUACAACUUUAGAGGAUGUUUUUAUCAAGGUUGCUUCUAGUGCUCAAUCCUUUAAUGAAGCAUGAUCAUAGCAUUCAACCACAAAUUAGAAAAAAAGAAAAAGAAGGAUCAUAUGUGCAUGAUGUUUUUUUUUUUUUGCCUUAAUUAGGAAAUAUUUAGGUUCAUGUAGAUACAUCAAGUACAGAGCAUAUGUGACUCUUAUUUUGUCAUGUAAUAUGUGUACAAUGAUGCCAAUCUCUGGCGUUUUGUUCGUGGAAUAGAAAGAGUUUGUUGUAUCAACAAAGUAUU